AUGCCUCCAUUUUCCAGCGAGGACAUCCCGGACCUCCGACACCAAGUAAUCAUCGUCACAGGAGGCAACGCAGGUGUUGGAUAUGAGACCGUUCGGCAGCUGAGCCAGCACAAUCCGGAGCGCAUUUAUCUCGCCGCUCGAUCGAAAGAGAGGGCCACAGAAGCCAUCAAACGCUUGCAGGAGGCGCACCCCGAGGGAGCCGAUAUCCAAUUCCUACAGCUCGAUCUUGCAUCAUUCGACAGCGUCAAAGCAGCUGCUGCAACAUUUCUUAGUCGGGAGACCCGCUUGGACAUUCUUGUCAACAAUGCCGGGAUCAUGAUGACGCCCGAGGGACUCACGAAGGAGGGCUACGAGAUACAAUUUGGAACAAAUGUCAUGGGCCCCGUGUUAUUCACCCAACUUCUAAUGCCCGUCUUGCGAAGGACAGUCAAAAUAAAUCCUCAGACUCGCAUGGUGAUGCUUAGUUCUGCUGCCCACGCCCGCGCCCCCAGCGAUGUCUACAAGUUCGACGAGCUUCGCUCAACAGCAUCCCACCGACAUACUACGCAGCGGUAUACCAUGUCAAAACUUGCGGAUCUCCACUAUGCCCAAGCAUUGGCCGAGCGAGAACGGGAGGUCAAAAUUAUUCCCGUCCACCCUGGCAUGGUGGCAACUAAUCUUCACCACGCGGCAACUGGCAUCUUUCUUAAGCCCUUCCUUUACGCCGCCGUUGGCCUAUUUGCAACACCCGUCGAAAGGGGGGCGCUCUCUCAAAUAUUCGCUGCUGUGAGUCCUGAUGUCAAAAGCGGACAGUACUAUGGGCCUGUCGGAAAGGUGGAAUCAGGUUCAAAGCUUGCCCAAGAUCACGGCCUGCGGGAGACGUUGUUUAACUGGGUCCAGGGGCAGCUCGAGGGGCAUGUCGAGACACUAUAUUAG